GAGAGGGGCGCGGGCGGCGGCGCGAGGGGGGGGCCGCGGGGCGGGCGGCGCGCGCAGAGAAAGGACGCGAGUGGUGAUGUAAUCGCGAUCGAUGCACUCCGCGCUGCCGUGCGCCACCUUUGAUCAACUAUGAGCAACUACCUGCCAUAGGGGGGGCGCACUUAUCGACGGCCUCUAGUACUGCGCGUUGAGCACUAACUCUAAGCCUACGGUGAAAACACCUAGUGACGUAUCCAGUGAUAAAGUGGAAGUCUGCUGAUCUGCGGCCGUGGGAGUAGUGGAUCGGCGGCUCCUAUGCAAAUUAUUUACGAGGCAUUGGUCGACGGCGCGGCGUAACGCGCAUGUCCGCGGCGGCUGCGCGGUCCACACGACGCGGUGUUAACGAUCCAAGUCAGUGUCUACGAGAUCCCGCAGCCCAACGUGGCCCCACCAAAUAAAACUCGCGGCUGAUGAUGAAAACAGCAUUUCGGCCUCGUCGUAUCUAGGACGGCACCCGAAAUAACUAGGGCACGGUAACUGCGCAGCUGCUAACGCAACUCAUAGCUGGCGGAGUCGAGCGGCCAGCCAGCGAGACCCGCGAGCAGCGGCGGCGGCGCCCGGCGGAGCGGCGGCGGGGCGAGGGGAGCGGCUCUCUCUACACUGGUGAGUCCAUUGCCGAAAUCGACCUCUCCGCGGUACUUUCGUGCACUCUCUAAUAACGCCUAAAUUUAUGGUAACGCGCCGAUAGCAAUUGGGGACGCUGAGAAUCGUAAUCUGAAUAGGAAAUCGGUGUGAUUGACGGGUCUCGUGUAGUGUUCGUGAGCCAACGGCGCCGGUUCGCGCUGCCCACAAAGAGGAUCGAUAAUUUCGAGUGUCACGGACUCCAUUUUGUGUUCACUCUGCCCUUAGGUCGUGGCGACUGGACUGACGUGAUUCUGAUCGUCCCUGACUUGGUGCGAGGCCUGACGCGUCGGCGCCAGGAGUGCUAACUUCCCGUGUCCCUGAUCCCUGAGGAGGAAGCUCUCCAGCAUCAUGCAUCGCCUGACAGUGCGACGUCCUCGCUAUUGUAGCCAAUCAUACUUUAACAAACCAAUCUGCCCCUGCGAGAAGGUAACUCCGAAACCUCUGAAGGAUUACCCGGUUCCUCAACCCUGGGUUACCUUCAACGGUGACGAAGACCAAUCGAUUUACGAGAUCUCCGCCAAGAUGGCGGCGUUGGAAGUAGAAGGAGCUGUUCAACGAGCGAAGAAAGCGAAGAAGGAAGAAUCGGUGGAUGAUGAGGCAAGCUCUGCUGAGAGUGAUGUCAGCGAGUGUGAGGUUGAAGAUAGCAAUGAUGAUGAUUUUACUGAGUCUGACAGCGAGGCCGCUGAGGCUUGCGCGUCCCUGCUCGCGAUAUCGGCUGGGGAGGUGGCGUCGGAAGAAAUAUGACUGACGCCGGAUCUCGAGGCCGCCGCUGCCUCACCGGCCGCCGCUGCCUCGCCCGCCGGUGCCGCGGGGGACAGUUGACUGCCGCGGACCGCGCGGCUCCCCGCUGGCGGGCCCGGCCGCGCCGUCACCAGGCCGCCACUGCCCCGCGGUCACUGGGGCCCUCCCAUGCGUCGGCUCGAACUCAACGAUGCCACUUAUAGAAAAGUAGUGGCGAGCACCGAGAACAUUCUGCGGCGUCUCCUCGUCACCAAGCGAUACGACUCCAUCAGCAACUUCCUAGAUCUGUACGAGGAGUACAAGCGCUCGGGCUGCGGGUCGCUGCGAGAUCUGUACGAGCGGUACGAGGCCACGACGCGGCCGCAAGCAUUGGGAGACACGUGUGUGGGCCUCGCACUGGAACUGAUGCGCCGCUGGCAGUGCUUGGAGAGUCGCUUCCCCGGCCUGCGCGCCGCCACCUGCCUCAUGUCCUGCGAGGAGACCGUGCCCUACGUCUGCUACGACUCCGAGGUCUGCGCGGGACCCUUUGAUCUCCUCGCCCCCGACAAGGAGCACGUCAUGGUCGGUGUGCACAUCACACUAAACGGCAGGCUUGGUAUUCUGAUCGCAGACCCUGGCUACCACGUGGCAAGAACAAUCACAGUGAUGGUCGACCAGCAGAGCCCCCACACGGGCUGGUUUAAUCAUAUUACGGAGCCGGAACAAAUAAAAGACUAUUCCUACAGUUUUUGUGAGGGUAGUUUGAGCUAUGUCCUCUGGAAAGAAGUCAUCAAUAGAGAAGGAAAAUAUAAAUACACGACUUCGUUGAUUUAUGUUGGUAGACCUUACUGCGGUGGUAUCACAGUAACCGAGAAAAGAAACCUUGUCUACAAGUUAAAGAGUUUGGUGCAUCGUGCCCACAACGGCGUCUCUAUUGCAGGUUUAUAUGUCUUCUUGAACACACCGUUCAGAGAUGCAAAAAUCAAUUUAUUUUAUUAUAGUAAAAAAGCAAAAAUCAAAAAAAAAUAUAACCUCCGAAAAUUUCAAGAUAUUGCAAGCGUAGAGGAAAACAUUUUGAAAAAAAUUAACAUUUGUAAUGCUCGUAUGGAAUUACCAGGCGGGAAAUUACUUACAAUCAUAAACAAGUUGGCAAAAGCGCUAUCAGAUGAAUCAUUUACUAACCAAUGUAAUGAAAUCAACACGUACAUCAUUCAAUGCAGUAUUUGA